GUAUUCUCCUUUGCGCGUAUUGUUUUGAUCUCGCACGUGUUAAUUUCCCGCCACUUAUUAAAGCUCCGAUCUAAACAUCUGACUCCCUGUGCGAUCGUUAAGUUUUUUUGUUUUGUAUCCACUUGAAAUAUGCCAGGAUUGGACGAUUGGCUGAACAGUCCCUUAGACAUCAUCCAGGGAUUAUACAGUCACCAUGGGCAAGAUUUUUCUCCAAAAGUAAAAGAAUAUUUUGAAAAGAGGCUAUCAGACAGAAAUGCCUUGUCUUGGGUCCCUUCAUUAAAUGACACACCUCUCCAUGAUUUGAAACCAAACUCCUUGGUAAAAUUCCGGUGCAUGAUACAAGAUAUGUUUGACCCAGAAUUCUUCUUAAGUGCAUAUGAGACAGUUGAUACAAAGACUGGUGAAAGUUUCAUGAAGAAUGGACAAUAUAAGGAUAUUGCCCAGUGUUUGCCCCAUCAAAAAAUCAAUUUGGAUUCACCAAGAAAUGUCACUGGAGACAGGCAGACUUUGUAUUGUGUGCCUAUACCUGGAGAGGCCCAGUGGUGUAAAGAAAGUUUUCACAGUGCCAGUCGGGCAAAAGUAGUGCCAUCUUCAUCGAGUAAGCAAGUCAGAUGUAAAAGGGGCCUUGAAGAUGAUGAACAAGAUAUGGAAGUCAGAUCAUCAGAGGCAAUGGAUGUUGCUGCUGCUGCUGCUGCUACUUCAUCAGGGUUACAGCCAGAUUCGGCAGAAGCAAAACGACCAAGAACAGAUGGUGUUGAAGCCCAGCUAAACAGUCCAUCAAUCAACUUGAAUUUCCCUUUGUCAGAAGAGACUGGGCCUGCGUGCUUAGUUAAGAUUUAUGAAAAUGGAGAUUCCUACAAGGUCAAUGAUAUUGUAGAGUUUGUGGGUGUAUUAUCCAUUGAUCCAGCUAUGGCAAACUUCAAAGAGGAAAGCUCUGAGCAUGCCCUCCUACAGGACCAAGCCAUGGACAUGGAAGAGGAGUCUGUCCACCAUCCUCCACCAUCACUUGUCCCUAGGUUACACGCUAUAACAGCAUACAGGCUGCAGCAUUGUAAUCCUCAUCUGCCAGUGGAGAUAGAAGAUGUUACUAACAAGGAUUUUGUGAGUAGUGUCCUACAAGAAGCACAAAGCUUACGCUCACAUAUUGUUUCGGUGUUGGAGUUGGCUUUGUUUGGAGAUGCCUUAGCUGUAGAGUAUUUAUUGUGCCAUCUUAUUUCGUCAGUCUAUGCAAGAAGAGAUGUUGUAGCAUUGGGCAAGUUUUGCCUAAAUCUCAGUGGGUGCCCAAGAAGUUCAUCAUUUCCUCAGAGCUUGUAUCAACUUAUACAGGAGCUAACUACAAAGUCUUAUAUGCUUCCCAUGUCGUUGGAAAACAUGAACACACUAAGUUUUUCUCCCAAAAAAGAUUACACAGCCAACAGGUUAAAUAGUGGCAUUCUUCAGCUGGCUGAGAGGACACAUCUAUUUCUGGAUGAAACUGCCCUGGAACCUGGGCAACUAGAUGCAAAUGGAGUGAAGAAUUUGACUGCUUUGGGAAAUGUUAUCAACUGGCAGAAAGUAGAAUACGAUUUCAACUUUCAUCACCAAGACUUUCAUUGUAAUAUUAUUCCUAUCAUCUUGUCAGAAGGAAAGUCACUAUUACCCAGUGACUGCCAUGUGCCUCUGCAGUUAGUGACCCCUUUAGAUAAAAUUGAAGAGAGUUUUUCAGCAAUCGGAUCGUAUCUCACACCUGCUCUCCUUACUAAAAUAAGAACUUAUCUUGGAUUGGUUCAGCUUCUGAAUUAUUCUAUUGCCGAGGAUGUUCAAAAGAGUUUGGAAGAAGACUUCGUAAGCAUGCGAAGACAAGAUGCCAAUGCUAUGAAAGUGGAUGACUUCCAUUCGUUGCUUGUACUUGCAAGGCUUUUGUCUUUGAGCUAUGGGCAAACUGAACUCACAAGAGCUAUGUGGAACAAAGCGAAAACAUUGGAGCAGGAACGAAAAUGUAGAUUGUCAGCACAAUAAAGAGACAGACUUUGAGACGAAUCAUCUGAAUAAUUGCAGUUUUACCUCAAUAGAUUUUGUAGAUAUUAUUGCUUAAUGCUGUCACAGUAUUAAAACUAAUGUGUAAAGUUAAAUUUUUGGUAUAGUUGUACCAAACUGAAUUUUUUCUUGCGUGACUUGUACAAAAUCUUAUUCAUGUAAAUUAUGUGUUGUAUUUAUGAACAUUUAUUGAUGGAACUUGUUAAUUCUAUUAAAAUGGCUAUAUGAAAGACAUUACAAGCAUGCAGCAGUAAAUUCUAUUAUUAAUACUGGUCUUCAAUGUUUAUCAGUCCUGGCAGAUUACUUUAUUAAGGGCCAUGUUCAAUGAAGAACAGUGCUUGCUUAGACUGGUAAUGGACUUUUUAACCAAAUGGAAAGGACACAAACUGUUGUAUUUAAAGUUACUAUGAAGUAAACAUAGAUUCCCUGUAAUGCAUAUU